AUGAUGAACAGAUCGAUACAUAUCGAUCACGAACAGAUCAAUGAUAUAUCGGGUUACGUACAGUCGAUGAUGAACAGAUCAAUGGCAUAUCGGACCAUGAACAGAUCUAUGAUGAACAGAUCAAUGACAUAUCGGAUCAUGAACAGAUCGAUGAUGAAAACAUCAGAUGAUGAACAGAUCAAUACAUAUCGAUCACGAAUAGAUCGAUGA